CAAUAAUGAGUUUGACGUCGUCUCGCCAUAGCCUCAUACCUCGCGGUCUCGCUUUCGCAUUGCUCGGUUGGUCAUUAUUCUAUGGUUUGUCCUCGCUGUAUCAGUGCGGUGCAGUUGCGACUGACCGACGAACGUCGUCCGCGGCGGUGGUUCUGAUAACGGGAUGAUGGCGCCUGCGGUAGCGGCUAGAGGCCGGCGAAGCAGCGUUCAGUGAGUGCCUGUGGUGUGUGCGUUCACGGAGUGUCUCCGAUUCCGUCGAGUGUGGUGCGAUUCUGCGUCGGUGCGCGACCGCCACCAUGAUAUUCAGCUCGGCCGACAUCCUGACCCAGCAGCAGCUGAAGCGGCUCUCCGAGCACAAGUACAGCUGCUCGGGCUCCUCGUUUGCGGACCCUUUCAUGCAACCCUUCUGGAACUGGGUGACCAGCAAGUGCCCGUUCUGGCUGGCGCCUAACCUCAUGACGCUGUCGGGACUAUUCGUCAACAUUGCCACAUCGCUCGUGCUCGUGUGGUACAGCCCUACGGCCACGCAGGAGGUUCCUCGGUGGGCGUUCCUUCUGUGUGCACUCGGCCUCUUUGUCUACCAGACGCUCGAUGCCUGCGAUGGGAAGCAGGCGCGGCGCACAGGCACCAACACUCCCCUCGGGGAGCUCUUCGACCACGGCUGCGACUCCAUAUCAACGGUGUUCGUAGCCCUGGCGGUGUGCAUAGCUGUGAAGCUGGGCUCGUACCCGGGCUGGAUGUUCUUCCAGUGCUUUGUGGCCAUCACCCUGUUCUACUGUGCCCACUGGCAGACCUACGUGUCGGGGACACUGCGCUUUGGAAAGUUUGAUGUGACGGAAGCGCAGUUCUCGGUGAUGAUGAUCCACAUCAUCUCUGCACUCUUUGGCCCCGACAUUUGGGCAACCAAGCUGCCGCUGUUCAAUGUGGAACUGCGGCUACUGCCCGUGGCAACGGCACUGUCCGUCUCUGCCAUCAUGUGGUAUGCGGACAUCAUGGUCAUUCUCUCGGGCGGCGUGGGCAAAAACGGGUCGACUGUGGCUGGCACGAGCGUACUAUCUCCAAGUAUCCCCAUUGCACUGGUGGUGGUUCCAGCGUUCAUCAUCUACCAGAAGUCGAGCACCAGCAUCUACGAGAACCACCCGUGCCUGUACAUCAUCGCCUUUGGCAUGGUUGCUGCCAAGGUCACAAACAGGCUCGUGGUGGCACACAUGUGCCGUAGUGAGAUGGACUACAUGGACUCUGCACUGCUGGGUCCUGGCAUGCUCUUCCUCAACCAGUACUUCAAUACUUUCAUCAACGAGUACAUCAUUCUGCUCGUCUGCCUAGUGUACUCGGUGGCGGACCUUCUGCACUACUCGGUGAUCGUGUGCAACCAGAUCUGCGCCCACCUGCAGAUCCCACUGCUGCGGAUUGUGCCCAGGUAUGCUGUGGGCGCCUCCCCUGCUUCCGCGUCGGUCUCCUCCGACAAGGUGUCGGCCACCCAGUCACAGGCCGGUCAGUGACACAUGUGCGAUGCAGAGGAGGCCUGCUCCCUGCUAACGCCCGAGGAGCCUCCACCGUACCAUGAGUCGCUAAUGGAGCUGGACUGCGACACAGUCCAUGCCUGAGCCAGUGAGGAGGAGUACUCCUCUCACAGGACUGAAUGACGAGCGGAGGGCAGCCAAAAACAGACAUCUGCGUCACAAACAUGUGCACUGCGUAUGCUGUCUCUCUUUUCUCCCUCUCCAAGCAGAUGACAACUGGCCAGUGCUGUCUGUGGGUGUGUGUGCAUGUGUGUCCAUUGCCAGCUUUCACCCACUCUCUGACAUGCCUUGGCAAGAUUGUGCACUACGACAUCCUACACCAGAUGCUGACUGACAUUAGUGUACAUGCGCACUGAUAACAGCUCUGUAGCUGUCACUUCGGUUACCCCAAAUGGCCGACAAGAAAACGUGUGCUUACAAGAAAGCUCAUGUGUUGUGUAAGGUGUACUUAUCAAAUGUAAGAAAGCAUUUAACAUACUUUGCAUUGCCAGGCAUAGGUAGUCUACAAGUCAGGAUUGCACUGGCUAAGAGGCCUUUCGGCCAGAGUGUGACUGCAGAGGCAGGGUUAGCACUCGACUGUUCACUCAAGUGUUUCAAUGGUGCCAGGUCUCUGGGCUAAUGCUUAGCUCUUUGUGAAGCCAUAUGAGAUCAGCUGUGCUGCCAUGCUUUAGAAGAGCUUGAAGGCACGUGUACUUUGAAAGCGUCUUUGUCUGUGCACUGUGUACGGAACACACCUGGUGAUAGGGCUUUGUUAUGCUUGAAAAGCUGCCAUUCCAUUUCCACAAAUGCAAGACACUGAAGAAAAGAGUGGCUGCAGUACAAGCUGCACCAGUGGGAGAUGUUGGCUGUGAUGGACAGGUAUGAAAAGCAGUUGGCAGGAAGUCGAUCAUUCCCAUUCUUGUCUUUACACUUCUGAGUGACUCCAACAGAGGCAUUCUUUGUUUUUUCUGAUGGAAAAUACUUUUCGCCAGCUUUUUAAGUGCAGUGUAAUCAAGGCUAAUGUUCUUGUACAGAUGCUGCUAUAGCCUUGUGGCAGCCAAAGACAGCUUGUGCAACAAAAGACAGAUUGUGUAACAAAAGGCAGUAGUGUAUGUGUACUUGAUGCUUGUGAGACCCUGUAUUCUUGGUAAAUAUGGUUUCUGAACCUUGUGGGAACUGUUGCCAAUCCAUCAGCAAACAAUGUACCUUCUUAGGUGAGUGGCAGCAACAGCACAAAGGAAGAAGAGGCAGAAGACCGGGGCUGAUGCUGCCCAAAAUAGCGGAUGUUAAGACCCGAGACCUCUCAACAUUGAGACUGGCAUGAUGCCUGUCAAGGCUGGUAUUUAGCACUUGUGUUGCUCUGCAUGCAUGUUGGAGAAUAGAUGCGAUAUGCAGCCUACUCAACUCUUCCUGGCUGCACCCUGCAAAGUCAGUGCACCAAUUGGAGCGUUGCACAAAGACCGCUUGAUGGGGCAGUCUGGAGCAGCAACUAGGCUAUUGGAGUUGGCCUACGUGGUUCCAGAGCUGUUAUUGUUUUCCCAGGUUUGUUUAAGAUUUCUUUUACCAAGCUGGGUCAUAUAGUCCAAAAAGCAGCCAUGUACUAAAGAGAGACCUCCUACUAAGCCAUAGGUGUAAUGGUUCCAGUGUCUAUCAUUAGUGUAGCGCAAUUCUGGUGCAGUAGCAAUUAUAUGGACACUCCAAGCAAUUUGUUGCUGUCAUCAUAGCCUUGGACUCCACGUAUAUUUAUGUGUAUGUGUGCUAUAUACUUAUGCAUGCCGUAUAUGCGGGUUAGAUUGCUACACUAUUCAUAUUCAAUCACUAAAUUUAGCGAUACCAGGUCUUGCACUCUUGACUAAGUUAUUCCAAAGAAUUUUGAAAAUGGCAGCUUGCAAACAAAUUUCAUGAUGCAUAACAUUCACAGCACAUGCCUUUUUAUCCUAAAUCUUCUUGGACUAUUAGAUAUUAAAAGGUUCAAAACAUUAUCGGUGCUCGAACCAGAAAGUGGUGCAAUUUUACUGGUGCGUCUCUUUACGGGCAGUGUAGUGGCACCUGUGGAUGUCGUUACAGGCCCUAUAGGGCGUCUUUAAGGGUGCCAGAAAUUUGGCACAUUCAUGUGCGUGAAUUCACAUUCACACAUAUAGUUAGAACACCAUCCAAGAAAUUCAAGCGCACUGAUAAAUCUUGCUAUCGUAGUCGGUGCUUCACUCUUUAGUCUAAACAUGCAAUUUUUGUCAACCAAUGACCCAGUAACUACUAGAAUUUGGUGGUCUUGUCUUUAUUUUUUUGGCUCAGCACUGAGUCCUGAAAAACUUAUUUCCGAUUCAGUUUUGCUGUGGCUGCGUUUUGACAGAUAGUGCCAUGGCACUGUGUGGAGUGAACGCUCUUGCAUCAAACAUGGCCUUGGUUCAUGCAAUGAGAUAUUUCUGCACAUUGUGAAAAAAUUGGAUGUCUACCAUAGAUCGCAAUAUUUCGUUUUUUGUAGUUAGAUGUCUCUCUGGGUGCCCUAUAUGAAGCAGGCUGGAUGAGCAGUCGUUCCUCAGGUUACAUUGAGCCUGGCUUGCAAACGUGCAUUUUUGUCUUUCCUUUGAGACCAUGUUUGAACUGGUUUGCAAGAUGACACAUCUCGGCUCCCACAUACAGCAACUCCGGCAACCAUUAAUCUGCUAUGGUAUUUCGGGGAGCUGGUUAGUUCACUGCACCAUGACGAGGAACUUUAGAGAAGAGAAAAAAAAAUAACGGACAACAUACUAGACAGGACAACCGUGGUUCCAGUGGUGCUCAUCACAUGCACUGUGUCCUUGUCUUUGUUUUGCAUACGCUAUGGGAAUUCUGGGCAGUACAUAUUGUGGUAGCUCAGGGUAUAAGGAAUUCCUGCUUAGCGCUCCAUUCCCAGCCACCAAUAUUGUGGGUGACAGGCACCCAGGUACGCUAGGAUUUUGAUGCACAGUAAGUACUUCCACCCUGUGGUUAAGGUCUCCAGUACCUUACUGAAGUACCUCUCAUGCCUGGAGUAUAGCUUUGAAACAAAACCUAAUGAAUGAUGAGCCAUGAUGAGCACCUGUCAUCUCCGAUAUUGCUGUUUUCCAUGUUCUGAUUUGCCUCCUUGUUUCUUGCAUCAUUCUUGCUUUACAAAUAAAUGUCGAAAUAAAUGUAUCGCCUAAUAUACGCUGCUUUUGAUCAAAAUUGUGCAGUGCUUGGGUGUCGAUCGAUUUGGGUAAUACUUAGCAAGUGCGGUUUCCCAAUUUUUUUCAUGCAUUUCAUCAUUGACUGUAUGUGUCAACAUGUAACUAGCCCAUCUGCUUACGCACCUGUGCUUGUGUGCAGGACAGCAAAUCACACGUAUGGCAUUACAUGUUUAAGUUACGGGUACUGUAAGCAAUUCCAAACGUAAAUUUAUUGUUGCUUUGUAAUAACUACGGUGCUAUCCACUUAUAAUAGUAUCUCCAGGUUAAAUUGUUAGUGCUUAUCACGGCACCUAGACACGCUGACCUUAAUUCUGCAACUGGGGAAUGUUUAUUAUGCAUGUUACUAUUACAUGUAACAGUAACAUUUCUUUCAUGCCGCGUUUGUUUGGUGCAACAUCGAGACAAUCAAUUCCUGGGUCGGGGCAUGGUUACCUGCAUUUCGUAGUGUUGAUGAGACCACAAAAUAAAAGAAAAUGAACUAUGCUAAAAACAGAAGUUAUUUUUUUCCAUCAGAUAACAGCUUUGUUAGUUGGUGUGCUAGUUACCAAAGCACCAGACUUAAGUGUGAAAUAAGCUUGGCUCUUGUCUGCUGGGUGAGGCUCAACACUCGUCUUGCAUGUGCGGCACAUAUAUUCCGAUUGCGGUCCUGUAAUGAAUGUGUCCACCUAAUCGUAGCCGAGGGUGCAGGGUGACUCUCUCUGGAUGUCCCAGCCAGAUUCAGCAUGAUUUGCCUAGUGUCAUUUUACUAUUUCAUUUGACACAGAGUCAAUGAAGAAAGUAGCUUUAUUUUAUGUGCACCUGCAAUGAUGCUCCCAUGAGUUAAUCGGCUACUUUUGACAAUCAGCUCUUCGAUUUUUAUAAGCUGUAUACUGUUAUGUAUGAUAAUAUAUAGAUGAGUUGCAGGGCGCAGAACAACACACAUACACUUGGUUGACAAAAUCGGCUAGUGUUUGAGGAUACGAGUUCACCCUUAUUUUCCACUUUAUUCCCCUGAUGUCUGAGAUAGUGGUUGUGGGCUAACAGGGUGGCCGUGUGCUUGCUUGGGGGGAAUGCAGUACCACUACCAGAAAGAGACGCAUGUUCAGGCCUGUGCACAGGCCCUUUGUGACCCUCCUGACGUGCUUAAAUAAGAAAGUCACACUAAGGGCCCUACAGCGCUGCAGUGCAAAUCCGGGCCUCUAGCAGUGUUUCAGACGCUACCACACAGUGCUGAAGUACUCUUGAAAGGCUCGGGAAUAAGUACAUUUGCUGAAAUAAAUCGGUAUGUGUCUGUUUACUUGAAUGCUUUUUCGGAUGAUGUGGCUUCUGACAUCAAAUGCACAUGCCAGCAAAGGGUUGAAAAAUUUGGCACUGUUACUCUUGUGACCUCGCAAAAGCUGUGCCCUACACUAUUGCCACUGGUGUUGGCCCAUGGGAAAUGUGUCAGUGGGUCCAGACAAAUGGACUGUGGCUUAAACGUUGAGAUACUUUCUGUCACCUUAGUCAAGCAGCACUUGCCACUGUGGCCGAGCACAGAAUAACGAUUUGGUUUCAUUCCUGGCUGUGUCAGCUGCAUUACGAGAGGUGUGCACCGAGAAAGUGCUGCACCUUGAGAAGCCCCAGGUGGUCGAAUGUGUUGCACAAGGCCUCCCCACCAUCAAGUUGGCAGUACACUGUGCAUCCUCGGUAUUUGUAGUUGCACCGUCACCGAGGAGAAAUAAGCGUCCGAGCAUUCAAGACUGUUGUAAGCAUGCCCACAAGUUGACCCAAAGUGGUUUGUUAAAAAAGGCAAAGCACAUGAUAAAAGUGUACUGCAUCUGAACGCCUUGCAAAACUGGGACUCUGCUGUGGUACUUGAAAUAACCACCUUUCCUGCUGUACACAUUCAGAGUGAUGUAGCAGACUCAGUGGUGGGUGACAGAUCCUUUUCAGAAUUUUGCAGCAGCUUUCCUGCGAGGCAGUUUGCCCAUCUAAUGGUGGGAUGCUCGCUUUUGCGCACGGCAUAUAAUCUGAAUCGCACUUGCCUAAAGUGAUCACUUGGCUGCAGUCUUCCAGAAAAAAAAAAAAGCGCAGGCUGCCAUCACAGACCAUGCAUGAUCGUGCUGCAUGUUGGGUCCAUGGGCUAUAGAAGAAACAUUUGUGGAAACUAGAACUUAUGGACGCUGGCACAGUUUGCAGCCAGUCACUUGACCACUCUUCACAACUGAUCCCGACUGUACAAGCACAGUUUGGUCGUAUUGUGACAUGUGGAUGUGGGCUUUGUGAAGGAACCGUGCGCAACAGACAAGUGCCAGUGUGUGCAGCUAGAGCUCCUUCUUCAUUUGAACAACAGCCACCAUAGGUCAAGCACAUGUAAAGUGCAGAGAAGCGCAUUUGCAAAUUGAGGAAACAGUCUAAUAUUGCUACUCUCCUAAUCACUCUUGAUGCUUUGGGUAUCAUUUGUAUUGCAUGAAUUGUACUGUAUCAGUUUGCAGACACUUGGUCCCAAGCAUUUCCACUUCUUGCAUUGCUGCCAGUGCUUGACAGUUGUUUACUUCCAAGUACCAUUUGUUUACGUACAGAACUUUUAAAUCAAUUCUGUAGACUCGACAAUAGGAAGUAAUGUGUUGGCUUUAAAUCUAAACUCCAGCCAUAACUACUACUAUGGCAUAUGUGCCAGUGCCAUCGUUAGGCUGAGCAUAUUUUUGCCACUGAAGCAGACAUGCUCUUCAGGUUAUGGCAAAGCAACAAGAAUCUGGGUGCCCAUGACAGGCAUGUGGCAUCAGCUCUGUACAAAAAAAAAUUGAGAAUGUCUGUCAAAAGUUUACUUACAUUGGCUGCUACCUGUUACUGUUUAGGGUAAUGGCCUUGUGAGGGUUGCUCUCUUCAGUUUAUCAUCUUCGUGCCUUACUCACUUGAGAAAUUUUUAAAAUUCUUGUUGGCUAAAACAAUUUUCUGACUUUUCUCCAAAAAAAUUUGGAUCAGGUAGCAUGGCUGCACAGCUAAGCUCAUUUUAACAACGCAUGCAACAAAGUAAAUUUCAAGAUUCUUAUAAUGAAAAGAUGUGAGAAGGUAUUUCACUGUAAAUUUUGUGCAAAGCACAAAGCACUACUCCACAAUAACAGUUUGUGUAGUACAAAAUUCACUUUUCUGUACGCAGUUAUAUUGCAUGUUUUUUAUGUGACAGACCUUGCAGUUAAUGUAAUUUUAAUUUGGGCAGUUGGACAGGCACAGUGUGAUAUUACAUGCACCACUCUUAUUAAAAUUCAUAUCAUUAACAUUUUGUACGUGAUACUAGUUCUAUUGCAGAAAGUUGUGCUGCCCGUAGAGCGAGAAAUCUCUUGAGCCAAAUAUAGUUCUGUGCUGAAUUAACGUACCAAAAACAUUAAAUCGUAUAAAAUGAUAUUUCUUAGACAAAGUGGACACCAGGGUACCAUAAAUUGUGCAAUGCCAAAAAAGAUAGUUUAGUGCCAGAAUACAGAUUUACAUUAAGAAGUAAUUUCCAAUUAACGAGAGCGAAGGGGUGGGAGUGACCAAGAGGCCCAAUUUUUGAAUCACGACCAUAUGAAGCCAGCAGAUAAUGAAGCCAAGGAAAGCACAGGGAAGUUGUGUAGUUUUGAUUGAAAUGUAGCAAUGAUAAUGGGCACUGAAAUUUGACGAAAAAACAACUUGCCACCGGUGGGAACCAAGCCCACAACCUUCGCAUUACGUGUGCAAUGCGCUACCAAGUGUGCUACGGCAGUGGCUGUUUCAAUGUCCACAUUCUCGGGUAUCUAUGGACGUGAAUGCCCUUUCCGACCAAUGGAGCACCCAAUGGCUGAAAUGUUGCUGUAGUGCAAGUGUCGGCACUUUUUUUUUCUUUUGUGCGCAAUUAUUUCUAUGUCCUCUUCCUGGGCUGUGCAACAUGUCUGGAGUCUCUUGUGUUUCAAUUGUGUAGUACGAUCGGCUCUGUCACCUUGUCUGCUGUGCUGGCAAAUUCACGAAGCCAAUGUCACUUGUGCUUUUUAUAACAAGAAAUAAAGUGCUGACAGUUUCGGUGC